CUCUCAUUUUAUUUUAUCUUUUUUAUUAUUAUUAUUUUUAUAUAUAUUUUUUGUUUUCCCCCGAGCCUCUUCGUCUCUCCCGUUGGAAAAAAAAAAAAAAAAAAAACCCUAGCUAGGGUUUCGCUCUCCGCUUCCUCCGCUUCGCUAGGGUUUCGUGCUCGUCUCCUUGGAUCUCUCCCUCUCUCUCUCUCUCUCUCUCUCUCUCUCUCUCUCUUCAUUGUGGGAGGCUGUUUGAUCCGGAUACGGACGUCGCCAUGGACGGAGGUCGCAAGAGGGGGAGGGUAGGGGCGGCGAACGGAGGCGCCGCGAAGAGGUCGAGAGAAAAGGAGUCGUUUCAAACUGGUGUAGGAAGCAAAUCGAAGCCUUGCACCAAGUUUUUCAGCACUUCGGGUUGCCCUUUUGGCGAGAACUGCCAUUUCCUGCACUACGUCCCAGGUGGCUACCAGGCUGUCGCGCACAUGCUCAACCUACCCAAUCCUGCUAAUCCUCCCCCGGGGAGAAUAGCUCCACCGGCUCCUGCGUUUCCCGACAGCCAUUCUGGCUCUGCGCCUCCAGCCGUAAAGACCCGCCUCUGCAACAAGUACAACACAGCGGAAGGCUGCAGAUUCGGCGAAAAGUGCCAUUACGCCCACGGAGAGAGAGAGCUCGGAAAACCCAUUCCUGAUGCGGCCAUGCAGCCUCAGAUGGGUGGCGGUGGCGGAGGCGGCGGCGGUCGUUUCUCCGGCCACCCCGAAUACCCUAUGCCGCCGCCGCCGGCGGAGGCCUAUGGUGGGAUGGGGGGAGGAGCCCCGGGGAGCUUCGGCGCCUCGGCCACCGCAAAGAUCAGCGUCGAUGCGUCGCUGGCGGGGGCGAUCAUCGGAAAGGGCGGGGUGAACACGAAACAGAUAUGCAGGGUGACGGGCGCCAGGCUGGCGAUCCGCGACCAUGAGUCGGACCCCAACUUGAAGAACAUCGAGCUCGAGGGGACGUUCGAUCAGAUAAGGGACGCGAGCUCGAUGGUGAGGGAGCUUAUCGUCAGCAUAAGCGGCCCCGCUGCUGCUUCCGCCUUUGCUGCUCCCGCCGCCGGGAGAAAGCCCGGUAGGGGAGGUGCCUUCUCCCACGGCGGGAAGGAGAGCAGCUUCAAGACCAAGCUGUGCGAGAAUUUUGCAAAGGGCUCGUGCACGUUCGGGGACCGGUGCAACUUUGCUCAUGGAGAAAGCGAGCUGCGCAAAGCUACUGUUUGAGAAGUGCUUCCAUGCCAGCGGUUUUUCGAGGAGUUUUAAGCUCUCUCUCUCUCUCUUGUAGGAUCUUUUCGAGGCUUUGCUUUCUCUUUCUUUCCUUUUGUUUCGUAUUGGCAGGUUUAUAUGAUGUGAGAACGAGUAAUCAAGAUAUUUUGCAGCAGCCGCGGCAGCCGCCUCUUUCGACUGUCUCGCCUUUUCUGCCAGCCGUUUUAGUGUCGUAGCGUAGUGUGGUUAAAUUGGGUUUUUUAUGGUUGUCGCAUGUGUUAAUGUGUUUCCACGUAACAUGGGAGUCAUUACCAAAUUAUCUUGUUAGAACCAAGGUUUUCUGGUUACCUAGGAUUAAAACGCAUCCUUGAACACAAGUAUGUAUGUGUGUGCGCGCCCGAGAUGUGUUCCCUACUGCUUAAAAUGUGAAGUUGCAUGAGAAAGGUGUGGUGCAUUUCUUUGCUAUACAUCUUAGCCUUCGAAUGUGGGAGAAUCUUUCUUA